GCUAUAAGGCGCUUAGUAUAUAACAAAGAUGAUAUAGUCCUUAUUAUAGCCACUAAGUAUAGCAAGAGUACUAUCCUUUAUAGCUUUUCGACCUUUAUAGAGCUUAUUAUAGUUCAAAUUAUACCUCUAACUAAACUAGGGGAAAAUUAG